GUGGUAUCAUGAUAAUCUUACCCGACAUGCAGCAGAAGCGCUGCUGCUUUCCAAUGGGCAGGAUGGAAGCUAUCUCUUGAGGAAGAGUAAUGAAAGGGAAGAUUUGUACUCCCUCUCUGUAAGGGGAAAAGAUUCUGUGAAACACUUCCACGUUGAACAUACAGGAACUUCAUUCAAAUUUGGAUUUAAUGAAUUUUCUUGCUUGAAGGAAUUAGUCAUGCAUUUUGCAAAUCAGCCUUUAAUUGGAAGCGAAACAGGAACCUUAAUUGUGUUGAAGCAUCCCUACCCACGGAAAGUAGAAGAACCUUCCAUUUAUGAGUCUGUCCGCGUUCACACGGCAAUGCAGACGGGAAGGACCGAAAGUGAUCUUGUUCCAAAUGCUCCCUCACUUGGUACAAAAGAAGGCUAUUUGAUAAAACAAGGCAAAAUAGUCAAGAAUUGGAAGACAAGGUGGUUUACACUGCAUAGGAAUGAACUUAAGUAUUUCAAAGACCAGACAGCCACAGAACCGAUUCGGGCACUUGACUUAACUGAAUGCUCAGCUGUGCAAUUUGACUAUUCCCAGGAAAGAGUCAAUUGUUUCUGCUUAGUGUUCCCACUAAGGACAUACUACCUGUGCGCGAAAACUGGAAUAGAAGCUGAUGAGUGGAUUAAAAUAUUGCGAUGGAAACUGUCACAAAUACGGAAGCAACUGGAGCAGCGAAACGCCACCCUCAGUUCCUAG